AUGGAUGUAAGUAACUCUCAGAUCUCUACACCGCAUUUUGACGCUCUGUGUGGCAACUGCCCGUCUGGUUCUGCCCCACAGACCAACAGCCUUUGGCCAAAUCUGCCGCAGGCUGGAGCUGGGUUCCCUGCAUGGACGGGACAGUCCACCCAGCCUGCACCGUGCUGGACUGGCCAGCCUAACACCCCCUGCUGGCCUGGGACUCAGCCAGCUCCCGUCUCUGUCCCUGCUCCAGUUUCAUUUCCAACAUCAGCUCAAGCCUUAACACCAGCCCCUGCAGCUGCCACAACUGUAGCUCCAACUCAAGUUCCAGGGCAGGCUCCAGGGCAGCCCUGCCAGCCUUGCUGGUCAGGCACCCAGUACCAGCCUGCUCAAGUUCCUGCUCAAGUUCCUGCUCAAGUUCCUGCUCAAGUUUCACUUCCAGCUCCAACUCCUACUCCACACCCAGUCCCUGCACCAGCUCCUGGUUCCAGCGUCCGUCUGCCAGGCUGGCCUGCUCACCCUGGAUGGCCUUAUAACCCAGGACAGUCAGGAUGGCCUGGACAGACCCCGACUAUAAUGCCUCCACACUGGCUUCCACCAACAUCUGGCCCUCUCAGUGUGCCAUACAACUUGAACCUGGCCCGAGGGGUCUACGACAAGAUGAUGAUGACCAUCUUGGGCCAUGUCAAACCUAAUGCUAAAAUGUUCACAGUGAACUUUCUGAGAGGCAACGACAUUGCCUUUCACAUCAACCCCCGCUUCAGUGAGGGGGGCAAACAGGUGUUGGUCCGUAACCACAAACUGGCUGAGCGCUGGGGCCCAGAGGAGAGAGACCUGAAAGCACCCUUCCCCUUCGCUCUUGGAAGCCCAUUUGAGAUGAAGAUCCUGUGCACUCAGGAGGCGUUCAGGGUGGCAGUGAACAACCUCCCGCUGUUCGAGUUCAAACACCGAAUCAGAGAGCUCAACCAGAUCGACAGAAUCAACAUCCUGCAUGAUGUCGUCCUCACCUGUGUCAAUGUAGAGACACUGCCCUAG